CACAGCAGCGAGAUCGACGUAAGAACGUAGGAAGGAACGAGAGGCUCCCGUGUCGUUCGCGCUUGCAUUGCUUUUCGAAGCUCGCGCGCGAACGGUCCGCUCUGUCGCGCGCGUACAUACGUGCGCGCCGAUCGAUAAACACACGUGAAAAUAAUUCCAGUCCAGUCUCUCCUCCAGUCCUCCACACGGAUCCUCCGAUUGAUCGCGCGACAUUCGGCCCCGACACUCGCACAAGUCGAGAGGAGGGGAGUCGCGUUGUUAUCGCGGGGGGGGAAAGGAAAAAAGCACACGAGAGAGAUUCAUCGCGCGCGUUACGUUUCGCCGGUACGAAAUUCGUUUCCGCGGCGCGGUGCACGCGACUCGAAUCAAAUCGCGCGGAGCACGGCGGCGCUUGGAUCGACGAGAAGGUCCCGGGAUCCCGUGGAGAUCUCUAUCGUCCCUAUCGUCCUGCCAAGAAUUAUUCGAAGAAUAAUUGCACCCGUUUGAGGUCAAGGAGAGUAACGGAGAGAAAGGUAGAGUGUGGAAGUAAAGUGCGCGAGGAAAGAAGCGGAAGGAUCUGCCACGAGGGGUCACGAGGAAAGAUGUGGCGAUUAAGGUUUUGGAUUUACGUGCUGGUGGUAGCGAUAUCAUUGGCGCAAGUGAGGAGGGUCGUCGCCUGUUCUUGCAUGAAUAGUCAUCCUCAGACGCUGUUUUGCAAUUCAGAUUUCGUCAUUCUUGUAAGAGUGAAGAAGAUGACGAACGUGAACGAAUUCGAAACUGCGUACAACGUGAAAGUGAAUAAAUUCUUCAAGGCGAACAAGACAACGUAUCCCGCGCUGAGGAAAAAUAUUUUAUGGACCGCGUCCUCGGACUCCAUGUGUGGAGCACAGCUUAAAGUUGGAGAAACGUACGUUGUGAGCGGACGCGUGAUUUACGGUGAUAAGGCGCAUAUAUCAUCGUGUGGAAUAGCGAUGCCUUGGCGUUUUGUGACGAGCAGACAGCGGAAGGGCUUCAGGCAUUUAUAUCAUUCCAGUUGCAUGUGCAAAGUUCGUUACACACCUUGGUGGAUCAAAGGUAUAACUUUGGAGAACACAGACGGCACGGAAUGCCUGUGGGAGAGCAGGCCAGGUCCCGAGGAGUGUCAAAAAGAUUUCGGCAUCUGCAUGUACAGAGAAUCUGGAUGCUAUUGGACACCCUCGGUGCCUUACAAAAACUGCAUCAAGAAGUAUCAGCUGGAACGCGAGCAGAAAAGAGCGCGAGAACCUUAAUAUAUUCUUCCGUUUCGAUUCAAUACGAAAGUUCUGUGGUUGAAUGAAAGAUUGAUUGAUCGCGAUGGCGAAAGGGAGAGAGAGAAAGAGAGAGAGAGAGAGAGAGAAAGAGAAAGAAAUCGACGUUGUUCGUAACACGUAACACGUUUCGAUUUACGAUCUAUUUGUAAAAUUUCGCGAGAUUCCUGGAAGAAUUUUUGUUUAUAUCGUUGGUAACGUAGAGAGAUAGAGAGAGUAUCAACACGCAGCAAACUCGUCGUUGUGCGUGGUAAAUUAAUGCUAAUUCUUUUAUAUAUUUAUUUAAGUCGAUUAAUCGACGAUAGUGAUCGAAGAAACAUUUGUAACAAUUCAGAAGAAUUCAGAAGCGUUCGAUCGAUGAAAGUCACGUUUCGAAUGAAAAUUAUAUGUAAAUUUAAAAAUCUUUUUUUACUCUUUAAACUCUCGAUUGACUAACUAUUCAGUAAUGGUUUUUUAAUUGUCAAUUGAAAGAGUAUAAAGAGUAUAAAGAGAUUCUUGAACAAUUGUGCGACUUGUAUUAUUAAUCAAAUGCUUCUGAAUACCUUUCAAUCAAGUAAUUCGAAAAAUUUGCAAGUCAAAUUGUACGAUUCGAAGACGUUGGCAUUAAUUUCUCAAUAACGUGGCGUUUUUCAUUUCAGCAUCGCGCCAUGCUCUAUUUAUUGUUGCGUUCUAUCAGAAGUAUUAUUAACCGGGUGAACGUUGUGUGGACGAGUACAAAAAAAAAAAAAA